CAAUUAUUUUUGUAUGAUCACACACGUUUGAAGUUAUAAUCUUCCACUGUUUUAUUAGAAACUGAUUUUAAUUCCUUAAUUACAUAUAAAAAUGCACCAAAAUUCAUAAGUUUUCCUGCUUUCUUUUUCUUGGGUGUGUAAUAUUUUUAUUUAUCUUCAGUUUUCCUCUGUUUUUUCCCAUCAUCUAUGGCUCCUCCAAAUGACCCAAUUAUACCAAAAACUACCCAAAUAAGAUCCGAAUCCUUAAACCCAUAUUUCGAAUUAUCCAAUGAUAGAAAAUUCAGUGUCAAAGGUGUAACUUUGCUAUCAAAAGUCCCUAACAAUGUCUCCUUCACUGAAUUCUCCUCAAUUUGUAACUACUCUGAAUCAGAUGCUCCACCUUCUAUCCUUCAUCGUGUACAAUCAACCUCCCAAAAAGGCGGGUUCUUCGGGCUUGGGCUCGAAGAACCCGCCCAUAGAGUGAUAAACUCCUUAGGAAAAUUCCAUGACAGGAAUUUCCUUAGCAUAUUUAGGUUCAAAACAUGGUGGUCUACUCAAUGGGUAGGAAAAUGUGGGUCGGAUUUACAAAUGGAAACUCAAUGGUUGUUACUUGAAAUUCCUGAAAUUAAGUUAUAUGCUCUUAUUGUGCCCUUAAUUGAGGGUGGGUUUAGGGCUGCCCUUAAACCUGGGGAUGAUGAUGAUCAUGUAAUGGUUUGUGUGGAAAGUGGUUCUACUAGUGUUAGGGAAUCAAACUUUAAGUGUAUAGUUUAUGUUCAUGUUUGUGAUAACCCUUAUAAUAUAAUGAAAGAGGGUUUUAGUGCUAUUAGGGUACACCUUAACACAUUUAGGGUUCUAGAAGAGAAGGGCACCCCUAGUAUUUUGGACAAGUUUGGUUGGUGUACUUAGGAUGCAUUUUACUUGAGUGUUGAACCUAAGGGUGUGUUUUAUGGGGUGGAUGAAUUUGUACAAGGAGGGUUUUCGGUUCGAUUUUUGAUUAUUGAUGAUGGGUGGCAAAGUGUUAAUUGUGAUGAAGAUGAGCUAAAUGAAGAUAGGAAUGGCCUUGUUUUAGGUGGUGAGCAAAUGAAUGCAAGGCUUCAUAGGUUUGAUGAAGGAGAAAAGUUUAGGAAAUACAAAGGUGGUUUGUUGUUAGGGCCUAACCCUCCUCCCCUUAAAGAUGGUCAGUUGAUCGGAUCUGAACCAGCCCAUCCUGACACAACACAUAAUGGAUCAUGUGGGUCAGAUCCACUUAUGACCCAUAAUUCGACCCACCUUGAGUUAACUAAGGCAGGCCGUGUGUCAAAUAUCUUCAACCCACAACCCACCAAAUUCACCCAUGACCUACCUUACCCGCCACGUUGGCCAUCUCUAUCUCCCCCUUAUAACCCUCUGAAGCCAAAGUUGCUCAUCUCGAAAGCUAUCGAGAUCGAGCAGGCUCAGAAGGACCUUAAGAGGUUUGUUCAAAAGGGACUUGAGGCUGAUUUCUCUUCCCUCGAAGAGAAGAUCCAAGUGUUAAAGCAUGAGUUAGAUGAGUUGAUGGAAGGUGAAAACGAGAGAGAAUCAAAUGAUAAAAGUAAUGAGUUGAGGAGUAAGUUUAAAGGGUUGGAUGAUAUUUGGGUGUGGCACGCUCUUUGUGGUGGUUGGGGCGGUGUUAGGCCGGAAACAACCCAUCUUAAUGUAAGUGUAGUUCCUUGUAAAUUGUCUCCUGGUUUAGCUGGAACAAUGGAUGAUCUUGCUGUGGAUAAACUUGUGGAAGGUGGAAUUGGAUUAGUUCAUCCUGAUCAAGCUGGUGAAUUCUAUGAUUCAAUGCAUUCCUACCUUUCUAGUGUUGGAAUUACUGGUGUUAAAGUUGAUGUUAUUCAAACACUUGAAUAUGUCUCGGAGCAAUUUGGAGGUAGGGUGGAGCUUGCAAAGAAAUAUUAUGAUGGAUUAUCCAAAUCUUUGGAGAAGAACUUCAAAGGCACUAACCUCCUUUCAAGUAUGGAACAAUGCAAUGACUUCUUAUUGCUUGGAACUAAACAAAUAUCCAUGGGAAGAGUAGGUGAUGAUUUUUGGUUCCAAGAUCCAAAUGGAGACCCAAAUGGGGUGUUUUGGCUACAAGGUGUGCAUAUGAUACAUUGUUCAUAUAACAGUUUAUGGAUGGGUCAGAUAGUCCACCCUGAUUGGGAUAUGUUCCAGAGUGAUCAUGUUUGUGCUAAGUUUCAUGCCGGCUCUCGCGCCAUUUGUGGUGGACCGAUCUAUGUAAGUGACUCACUUGGUGGCCAUGACUUCGACCUACUCCUUAAGAAGCUGGUUCAUCCUGAUGGAACCAUCCCCAAAUGUCAAAACUAUGCACUCCCAACUAGGGAUGUUUUGUUCAAGAACCCUCUCUUUGAUCAAGAAUCUAUUCUUAAGAUAUGGAACUUCAACAAGUAUGGAGCUGUUAUUGGAGCAUUUAAUUGCCAAGGAGCAGGGUGGGACAAAAAAGAGAGAAGGAUCAAAGGCUACAAGGAAUGUUACAAAACUAUGGAAGGUUCCAUACAUGUAAAGGACAUAGAAUGGGAUCAAACAUUAGAAGGUAUAGAAAUGGGUUGUGUUGAAGAUUAUGUUGUCUACAAAAAAAAAACAGACUCACUUCUCUUGGUUACAACCAAAUCCGACCCAAUCCGGGUCGUAUUGAACCCCUCAUCUUUCGAACUUUUCACCUUUGUUCCGGUCAAGAGGCUAGGACGAGUUGUAAAGUUCGCGCUAAUUGGUCUAACCAAUAUAUUUAACAGCGGAGGUACGGUCCAAUUAGAACUCGAGUUUGGGGACUUGAGUGCUAAGAUUAAGAUCAAAGGAGGAGGGUGCUUGUUGGCCUACUCAAAUGAGGAACCAAAGAAGUGUAUUGUAAAUGGUGAGGAAGUGAGAUUUGAGUGGUCUAAUGAUCAAUACAAGUUGAUGUUUAAUUUGUUUUGGAUUGAAGAGGAUAGUGGUGUUUCUCAAGUCAUUGUUCAAUAUUGAUUAAGAGUGUAAUGAUUUUGAGAGCUACUAAUAAUUUUGGGUUUUUCU